AGACAAACUACACCUAACAGACUGAGGUUAGGAAAGCAGUAGUAGCUCCUGGAGAUGAGAAUACACCAGCCACGACUAUAAAGACAAGUGGGCAGCUGACAAGAGCAGCAGCUCAAGACCUCAACCCGCUGCGUAGAAAAAGCAAAGCUGGAGCCUGAAAUAAGAUCCAGGGUCCAGCAAAAUGGACUAUUUCCAAGUAUUUGGAAAGCUUCAAACAGCUGUGGGGAGGAAGAAAACUCUCACAGUCCGUGACAAGGCAGAGCGAGACAGACACGAAAACAGAGGCUCCUCUAAAGCAGAAAGGGCAGCGAGUCUCCGACAACAGCUGGGGGGCUGGGGGGGUGGCUGGGCACACCCCCACUGCUAAAUGAUGUUUGAGGAAAAUCCUCCUUCAAGUUAUUUGACAAGAGCUGCCCACUCUGAAGACUCCCAAGAAACCAUCACAGCCAUAAGUCACGUCUUGCGGGAUCAGGAAGAUACACAACUCGUCCCAGCGGACGACAGCGAGAGCUUCGCGGCCCCGGGUGACUUGCCAGCAAACCCGACCUCCCCGCAGCAGCGCCUGGCAAAGCUGAAGCUGCUGAUGACCCAACAGAAGGCUGAGUACGAGUCCAAAAUUGCAAGGCUGGAGCAGCGGAACCGAGAGCUGCAGUGGGAGAUCCGGGACACGCAGUGGCAGCUGGGACAGCAGCGCCAGCGGCACCGGCUGGCGGAGAUGAAGAUACGAAACGCGGAGAGAGCGAAGGAAGAUGCAGAGAGAAGGAAUGAAAUGCUGCAAAAAGAAAUGGAAGAGUUUUUUGAAACCUUUGGGGAAAUUAACGGAUGGAAGUAAACCAGAGUGUGGUUAGCUUGAAACAGAGCUGAAGGGUAAGGGAGGGAAAGGCCCCAUCCCAACUCCAGCACGUACUCAAUGUCAGAGGUGAAAGAACAAACCCAGCAGUAAAACCAGGCUGUCAGUUAUACAGGGACAGCUGACAAAGCCCUUGGGAUCCCUGAGCCCGGGAGCUCUGCACACCAGCUGACCCCAGGGACACUUGUGCUUCUGGACACCCCGCACCCCGACUCCCCGGGCAGCCUGUGCUGGGGAAGCACCCGCUGGGUUUGGGUCACCCUGGAGUCUUGUAGGGACGCCCUGAAAGCCCAAGUGGUUUUAAUCGAGGGAUGUCAUGUGCAUCUGGGGUUUUACCAGCUGCCCCAGAGGUCCCACAGCUAUCACACGGGCUUUAAGAGAGUAUUUACCUCUUCCUCAAAAUAAGUAUUUUUUUCGAGUCAGCUGUACCUCUGUCUUGUUCAGUGAGAACAAAAUGAAACACAACGCUGUUUGAGCAUGAAGAUAAAAUUCCACCUAAGUCCUUUUACAUAUGUACAUAUACAUACACAUGUAUAUAGCCAGUAGAUUAUCCAAAACUUGCCAAUAAAUCAGACAAACUAAUUCUGAUCCUGUUUAACCUCCUGAUGGCAAAACAGAUCUGUCAGAAUUACCAGACAAGCUGCUGCAAUUCCAAAAAACCAUCCCAGAUUUCAAAAUACACUUGACAGUAAACCAAGUGCUGUUAAUGUGCCCAAAUGUUUCAGCUGGUCAGAAGAAAGCAGCACCAACCAAUCUCUCAAAACUGUUCUUCAUUCAUUUUCCAUACCAAUACUUACUUUUUGGUUAACUGGAAGCUAAAGUGGGAAUUGAAACUUUAUGUUCUAAGAUAACUACGAGCAUACAUCAUUUCAGUUACACGCAACAUUCCGUUUCAACACAGGAAGAAUCAAGAAAAAAAAAAAUCGCUACAGUAAAUAAGACAGAGUGCUCAAAUCUUUUAAGUAUACAUCUUUAUUUGUAAUUUUACAGUGGCUUUAGUACAGUUUUAUGAUAAAGUUUUUGGAGAAAACAAAACAAAAAAGCUUCAGAACGAGGCUUUAACUAACACUUCAGAACUAGUUAUUGACAGUUUUCCAUAUGAAAUUCUAAUUUCCUUAAAGAAAAUCAAUCCAAAACCAAGGAAGCACGACUGCUGUCCAUAAAAAAUGCCAACUUUUAGUCAUCCCAAAAAGAAAAAUCCAGCAUCAGACAAAAUAGCCACUGCAUUGAAAGGAACAGGUUCCUAUUGCACAAGCGUCAAGAAUGAGAUAUGACAUUCAAUGCCUAAUUUCAUAGGCAGAAGAGGCCACGUGUAUCUAUAUAAUUAGACUUCAAAGCACAUCUUUCUUCUGAAAUUUUAUACCAUACUGUAACUGAUAUUAAGGCCAUAAAAAUCAGAACACUAACAAGUGAUAGGGCUUGAUGCUACUUUUUGUGACAUUUGGUAAACAGAAGGAGGCGUAAAACAAGGCAGACAAAGCGUUUGGAAGGGAGUUGAGACUUGAAGGCAUUUCAAAAGAAGUUCUCAAAGAACUGAUUUUUGGAGGGAGUUUGAGUCAUUAGAUAAAGCUGGAUUUCAUAAAUCACUCCAGGAGCCUAUUAUACUCUUCAAUAGCAUGUGUUCUGGAGUACAUUACAGAAUAUAUUCUCUGGAAUUAAUAUUUGCAUUUGUCUGAAAACAACUCUAUUUGUUAUUCCCUCUUUAAAAUAUAUGAAAAUGUGUAUAAUCUUUAUAAAUUAUCUUAAUGACCAGGUA